AUGCCUCUGAUCGACUAUGACUUACAUACUGUGAGCGUUCCGGAAGCAAAGUUUCGAUCACCAGAUCGUAGACAUUCAGCAGACAGAUUCAGUCAUUUGGCACAAAUGGUAAUGCUGACCAACACGUCCAAUUCAAACUCAACCACGAGCGCCGCCAGCAGUACCACCGAUUCUCCUCCUCCUGAACUAAUAUUGCCACAAGAUGGCAGCACCACCUUCAACCACAAGGAGAACAGCGAGGAUGAGUCACAAGCCAAACGAGACACUCUCAAACCACCAGAGAAGACGAGUUUCGGCCGGGCUUCUGACGAAACAAUUUCAGGUCGGUUGCAGCCAAACCUUGCAGCCGACAAUCAUGGGAAAGCGUUGACGGACACUCCUCUCCCUUCCGUGCCUACUAGUCCUCACAUCCACGGUAGAGUCGGGAUGUCUGGCAUCUCGACACCCAAAGUUCGAGCAACAACCCUCGAUAUCCCAGGCCUCACACGAUCGAAAGUCUCUCCAGAUGGCAGGAUAGCAGAAAGAGAUGUUGGGUCAAAACUCAUCAUCCUUAUGGUUGGUCUGCCCGCCAGAGGCAAGAGUUACAUCGUUAAAAAAAUCGCGAGGUAUCUGAACUGGCUACAGCAUCCGACAAGGAUUUUCAAUGUUGGUGAUCGACGUAGGGUGGUAGGUGGUAAGAAAGGCUCGAGUAUCCCGCAGGACAAGCAUCGAGCUUUACGUGAGUCUGUUCGGAAAAUGAGCCUAAACACUUCCCAACCACAGGGCAUUAUCGAGCACGACUCGUUUCUUGGUCCUCCUGCAAUCAUUCCUCAGAGAGUGUAUGAUGAACACAAGGUCUCCGAAGCCACUCCUGUAUCACCUUUGAAUAUGGUUGUGCCGGAACUCUCAGGUCUUGAUGACAAGGUGAAAGACCCCAUACCUAUGCCAGCUCCCGAGAAUUCUACCAUGCAGCAAGACAGCAAAUUCUUCGAUCCUGACAACGAAGAAGCAAAGAGAAUACGAGAACAGGUUGCACACGAAACUCUCGAUGAGCUUCUGCAGUACGUCCUACAUGAUGGCGGUUCUGUCGGGAUUCUGGAUGCAACCAACCACACUCAAGAACGAAGAAUGUCCCUGAUCAAGCACUUGAAACAACGCAAUAUCGACAUCAACGUCUUGUUCCUCGAGUCCAGGUGUAAGGACCGAAACUUGUUGGAGGCAAAUAUGCGUCUGAAGCUUUCAGGUCCUGACUACGCUGGGAAAGACCCAUACAAGAGUUUAAAAGAUUUUCAGGAGCGUGUGGCGCAGUAUGAGAAAAAAUACGAGCCUCUAGGUGACUUCGAGGAGGACCACGAAAUACCCUACUGCUCGAUGAUUGACGUGGGUCGUAAGAUGGUAUCCUACAGAGCUCAUGGUUUUCUGUCUGUUCAGACCAUUACUUACCUGAUGAAUUUCAAUCUCGCCCCACGACAGAUCUGGCUCACACGGCAUGGAGAGUCAAUGGACAAUGUGAGUGGUAAGAUUGGCGGUGAUAGCCAUCUGAGUCCGAAGGGUAUUCGAUACGCUCAAGCACUUGAGAAAUUCAUCGUGCAGGAGCGUAUUGCUUGGGAACAGGCGCAGAUCGAAAAGCAGGCCAAAACUCAUUUCCCACCCUUGCCAGGUGACACGACUCCUCCUAAUCCUGAGGUUGGAGCUCAAGUCGGUGAAGCGAAGAACUUCUGUGUCUGGACCAGCAUGUUGAACAGAAGUGUUGAAACCGCUCAAUUCUUUUGCGAAGACGAAUUCGACCUCAAGCAGAUGCGCAUGCUUGAUGAGCUCAAUGCCGGAUCCAUGGAAGGCAUGACCUAUCAGGAAAUCAGAACCAAGUGCAAGGAAGAAUACGAGCUUCGAAAGCGAGACAAGCUCCAAUAUCGAUAUCCUGGCCCAGGAGGUGAAGGCUAUCUCGACAUCAUUAGUCGUUUGCGCAAGGUCAUCCUCGAGGUAGAACGCAUGACUGACCACGCCCUCAUCAUUGGUCAUCGCUCUAUCACGAGAGUUCUACUCGCAUACUUCUUAGGCUUGAAGCAAGAGGAUAUCUCUGACCUAGACGUCCCACUCGGAGUGGCUUAUAUGAUUGAACCGCGACCCUACGGAGUCGAGUUCAAAGCAUACCGUUGGGACCCUGAAACCGAUAAGUUCAACUGGGACGAAAACUACAAGCUGAGGCGAGCGGUCGAACCAUAG